AUGUGCAUUGGAUCAAUUUAUGUUGUUGGAGAGGAAGCAGAUGAAAACGCGCUGCUCUUUGAAUUGAAAAAUGGCCGCGAAUGUUUGAAACCAAAUCAGUAUUUAACAGUCAAAGAUAACGUCACCUUGACAGUAAAGGUAUUAAAUCCUACAAUUCGAGUAACUGGCUAUCAGUUUUGGUGCAAAAGAGUUGACAAAAAUACCACAAAUGACAGCAAAGUUUUUGAAACAAAUAUGACUUAUAUGUUACACACACAACGUCCAAAUUACGCUGCUGCCGCUAUUCCAAUAGAAUCAGCUCUUGGAGAAUUCGAUUGCUUUUUAGGUGUAGAUCCACACGCGUAUGAUCAACACAGACACAAUACGAUAUACGACGAAAAUUCCAGAUAUAAAGAAUUGUGUCGGGUCAGACUUAAUGUUACAGAUACUUCAUCUAGCGACGUGUGGGUGAUUCUGGGCGUGGUGUUUGCGGGCGUGUCGAUUAUCGUCGUUUUGAGUUCCGGCGUAGCGGCUGCAAUAUUUCGGUGUCGAAGACAAUGGAGACGAAACGAAGCCAUGUCGAAAAGUGAGGUAUCUCAAAUUGAUUAA